AGUAAGAAUCAGUGAUGAUCAACAACCGAGCUCUUUGGUGAGUAAGAAGCAGAAGAAAGAUGGAAGCUAAAGGCAACAGAGGAAAACUACUGACUAAAGAAUGCACUUCUUGAUAUCAUUUGCAUUAUUUAUAAGUCCUUCAAUUGUCUCUAAAAACGUUGGUGUCAGUCAAAAUGUUCGCAAUUCACUCAAACUACGACUGUGUUAGCGAAGACUAAGACUUUGGUUUGGCCAAGUCAAUGAAGUGUAGCCUACGAGGAAGUUCAAUACUCUUUUUCCUUUUCCCUUCCUCUUAGUAUUCAAACUUCAAACAUUUUCGUUUCUUAUUUAGUCCUCAAACCUUCCAACCUUUCGUCAGACUAAACCAUUCUUCUUCUUCUUCUUCUUCUUCUUCAACCUUUCAAUUUCAAUAUGAGGAAAGUUGUGGUGAAAUUGGACUUGCAUGAUGAUAAAGGGAAACAAAAGGCUUUAAAAGCUGUCUCUGUUCUUCAAGGAAUUGAAUCGAUCGCCGUGGACAUGAAGGACAAGAAGCUAACAGUAAUUGGGGAUGUGGAUCCAGUUGAUGUAGUUGCAAAGGUUCGAAAGCAUUGGCCGAACGCCGAUAUCGUCGGCCCGGCAAAAGAAGAGAAGAAUGCAACACAAGAGACAAAGCCAAAGGAAAAGGGUGAAAGUGGAAAAACUGAAACAUUCUUAAAUUGUACAAAAGCUAUGGCUACAUUCCUUAUGGAGCUCGUAGUUGCGGUGUGUGUAGUGUAGAGGAGAAUCCUAAUUCUUAUGUCAUUUCUUAGAAUUAUAUCAUUCCAUUUUCAGCUUGAAUACCAAUUGGUAAUUAAAUGUACAUUCGACUAUUGUAUGCAUUAAGCUUUUGAUUCAAAACAUUUUUAAAGAUCGCAUCUGUCAGUUUAUGUGUUGGAAUAAACACAUUAUAGAGUGAAUGUUUUUUCUGAAAGGAAAAUUAUAUUACGAGAGUGGUGUAGGUUUUUUA